AUGAAAGAUCCUAAACAUACACAAACUCCGAUAGAAGAUUUAGCAGAAUUACGAAGUUAUUUCGCUUCGCAUAAUCUAGUUCGCGAAUACAUAGCCCAUUCUUCUAAAGUGCACUCUGUUGGGUGGUCUUGUGAUGGCAGAAAACUAGCAUCGGGUUCAUUUGAUAAGAGUGUGGCUACAUUUACGCUGGAAAGAAAUAGAUUGGUACAAGACUACAUAUUCAAAGGCCAUACUGGUUCUGUUGAUCAACUGUGUUGGCAUGCCUCACAUCCUGACUUGCUAAGUACAGCUAGUGGAGAUAAAUCUGUGAGGAUUUGGGAUACAAGAACACAUAAAUGUGCAGCAACAAUAGCCACAAAAGGAGAGAACAUCAACAUUGCUUGGUCGCCGAACGGCAGCACUAUUGCAGUUGGCAACAAGGAGGAUCUAGUUUCAUUUAUAGACACUAGGACUUAUAAAGUUGUGGUAGAGGAGCAGUUCAACUUUGAAGUGAAUGAGAUCUCAUGGAACAACACAUCAGACCUGUUCUUCCUGACUAACGGACUGGGCUGCGUGCAUAUAUUGUCGUACCCCUCUCUAGAACUACAGACAGUAUUAAAGGCGCACCCGGGCACGUGUAUCUGUAUAGAACAUGACCCCACCGGCCGGUACUUCGCCACGGGCUCCGCUGACGCCCUCGUCUCCUUGUGGGAUGUUAAUGAGCUCGCCUGUCUGAGAGUAUUCUCUAGACUAGAAUGGCCGGUGCGCACUUUAUCGUUCAGUUUCGACGGCAGACUGCUUGCGUCGGCCAGCGAAGACCACAUCAUCGACAUAGGAGACACGGAGACAGGAGAGAAAGUAGCAGAGAUCCCAGUACAAGCAUCAACAUUCACAGUAGCUUGGCACCCGUCUCGCUACCUGGUCGCCUUCGCGUGUGAAGACAAGGAGCCGCCGGAGAGGAAGCGGGAUGCUGGGAACCUCAAACUAUGGGGACUGCCUAACUCCAGCUAG